AUGAGCUGGAGCUUCCUCACGCGGCUGCUGGAGGAGAUCCACAACCACUCCACCUUUGUGGGCAAGGUGUGGCUGACGGUGCUCAUCAUCUUCCGCAUCGUGCUGACGGCGGUGGGCGGCGAGUCCAUCUACUCGGACGAGCAGACCAAGUUCACCUGCAACACCAAGCAGCCCGGCUGUGACAACGUGUGCUACGACGCCUUCGCGCCACUCUCCCACGUGCGCUUCUGGGUCUUCCAGAUCAUCAUGAUCUCAACGCCGUCCGUCAUGUACCUGGGCUACGCCAUCCACAAGAUCGCCCGCAGCUCCGAGGACGAGCGCAAGAGGAGCCGGCACCACGGCCGCCUCCGCAGGAAACCCCCGCCGCACACCCGGUGGCGGGAGAGCCGGCGGAUGGACGAGGCGCUGGAGGAGGAGCUGGACGUCGACGACGGCGAGCCAAUGCUGUACGACGACGUCCUGGACGCCAGGCCAGAGCCGGCGGUGGCCGGCGGCGGAGGUCCGCAGAAGCACGACGGGCGCCGGAGGAUCGUGCAGGAGGGCCUCAUGAGGAUCUACGUCCUGCAGCUCAUGUCCCGGGCCAUCUUCGAGAUCAGCUUCCUGGCGGGGCAGUACCUGCUGUACGGGUUCCGCGUCAGCCCGUCGUACGAGUGCGACCGCCUGCCCUGCCCGCACCGCGUGGACUGCUUCAUCUCCAGGCCCACGGAGAAGACCAUCUUCCUGCUCAUCAUGUACGUGGUGAGCUGCCUGUGUCUGCUGCUCAACGUGUGCGAGAUGUUCCACCUGGGCAUCGGAACGUUCCGGGACACCCUCCGCCAGAAGAGGGACCGCGGCCGGCGGACGUCCUACGGCUACCCCUUCUCCCGGAACAUCCCGUCGUCCCCGCCCGGGUACAACCUGGUGGUGAAGUCGGACAAACCGCUCCACCGGAUCCCCAACAGCCUGAUCACGCACGAGCAGAACAUGGCCAACGUGGCCCAGGAGCAGCAGUGCACCAGCCCGGAUGAGAACAUCCCCUCCGAUCUGGCCAGCCUCCACCGCCACCUCCGGGUGGCCCAGGAGCAGCUGGACAUGGCCUUCCAGACGUACAGCUCCAAGAACGACAACCAACCCCCCUCCAGGACGAGCAGCCCCAUGUCAGGGGGCACCAUGGCCGAGCAGAACCGGGUGAACACGGUUCAGGAGAAGCAGGGAGCCCGGCCGAAGUCGGCCACGGAGAGACCGGGGACCCUUUUAAAAAACGGGAAGACUUCUGUGUGGAUUUAAGGAUGUCAACCUUGAAAAUGAAAAGGCAGAGCCUUUAGCGAACUCCAAGGACAUUGCAGGACAACGAGUCUGACUUGAACCGCACGAGAGCACAAACACUUUGUUGACACAGCUCAGACAGGCUUCACUGCUCUGACACAGUGAACGCCAAAUUGUGGAUUUCUUUGUUUAAAACAAGUUGAUACGUCUGAUAUGACCUCCUCAUAGUUAUCAAUGCCAUUUGGUCACCGUUACUUAAAUAAGACCAGGAUCUAGAGAAAACAAGUAUAAAAAAACAAUGUUUUUGCAAGUCUCUGCUAAUGAGUUUGGUGAAAGUUCUUCUCUGCUCUGAACUCAAACUGCAAUCCCUUGGGGGAGUCAUGUCGAAGGGAGCACGGUGGCGGGGUGUGUGUGUGUGGAUGUGUGGAGCUCUGUCUGAGCAGCAGUUGAUGUUGAUGGCUGUGUCUGAGAGGGUUCAGCUUCUAUGACACUCAAAGGUCCCAUGACAUGCUAUUUUAUGUAUUCUUUAAUGUAGGUAUUAGUGGGCAACUAACACAGUAUUCAAAGACGUUCCCGAAAUUCAGCCGUGGUGCUGAGUUACAGCCACUCCGUUGCACAUUGAGCUUCCCCCAAAUGCGCUGUUUUGGUGUCUCUAGCUAUAAUGCAAAUGAGGAGGAGCGAGGCGGGUCAAGGAGGAGGGUGGGGGUGUGGCCCUGAGCAGCUUGCAGCCACGGUA